UAGGGGAGUACCGAACCCUGGCUAGCUAGGAAACUUGUUGAAACUAGUUUCUCAAGGAGAUACCCACAAAUUUGUGGUAUGAGUGAUCUUAGAUAUUGAAGUCAUGAAGUUCUCUUGAAAAUAGAUGGACUACUAUCUGAGUUGUAUUUGCUAGUGUUUGAGAUCUAUUUUUUUUUCUUUUACGGUCUUUAUGUAUAGUAUGGAGGUCUUACCUUGAUGCAACAAGAUCCAUAGAUCUGUUCAGUAGUCUCAACCAAGUUUAACAUUUUUCCCUUUCUAAUUGAUGUUACAUCAAGUAAGUACAGUCAUUGUGGGAUCUGGAUAUCAUUUCAGUGCAGGGGGUUCCAAAUUUUUAUUAAUUUUUUAUUGUUUUAGUGGUGCGCACUUCUAUGUGAUCUCCAAGUGUAAGUAGUUUCGCUUGGUUCUUGUGGGGCCCUUUGAGGAUAUAGGAAAAUUUUAUCCACCUCUACUUAGGAUUUUUAAAAGUAGCUUUUCAACAAUUUAUCUGACAUUGGCAAGGAACUGGGAGCAGCUGGUUACCGGUCCAGUUCCAGUCAUGUUCAGUUUUCCCCUCAUUGUUCUUUCGAAACUUAAACAAUUUUCACUUUCCAACAACAUCUAAUAGCAAAUAGAGUUCAAAAUCAAAAAACAGGGCAUACUCCCAUCAGUAUUUUCUGCUCCCAGUACCCUCCAGGAUUCCAGUUCCCUGUGGUUACCAACAGGAUUUGGUACCUCAUGUGUAGUUGCAUUUCCUGGUCUAUUGGAAUUGCCUCUCUAAGUUUGAAACAGAAGGAUGGUCUUUACCAAAUAAUAAAAAAAUAGACCCUUUUCUCUUUUGAGUGAGGUAAUAGGAGUAUUUAAACAUUUAUCUUAGGAUACAGUAUUCUUGAUCUUUAACUCUUUUUGUGUGUGUUUUCUGCCAUCCUGUAAAACUUCAAUUACUUUAGUGUCAUGCCAUUGUGGGAUGCUUGGACGUAGUGGUUGCAGUGGGAGUUUUGUUGACUUUUAAUGGGUUUUCGCAAAAUAGACCCAGAGCGCUGGGAAUUCGCUAAUGAGUACUUUGUCAAGGGACAGAAGCACCUGCUGAAGAAUAUCUACAGGCGAAAGCCUAUCCACAGCCACAGCCAGCAGCCAGGUGCUCUGCCUGACAAUGAGCGUGCAUUAUUUGAGGAUGAGAUUGACCGGCUUUCACGAGAGAAAGCCACCCUCCAGGCUGACCUCUGGAAGUUCAAUCAGCAGCAGUCGGGGGCCAUGAUCCAGAUUGAUGAUCUUGAGCGGCGAGUCCUCGACAUGGAGCAACGACAGGUCAAGAUGCUUAGCUUCUUGCAGCAGGCUAGCAAGAACCCUCAUUUUGUCAAUAAGCUUGUUAAGAUGGCAGAGGUGUCCCCAAUCUUCGCAGAUGGAUUUCACAAGAAGAGAAGGCUACCUGGGUUGGAUUAUGGCACUGAGGCCACCGAAACAACUAGCUUUUAUGAUGACCACAGCAGCACUUCCAAGCAAGAGAUGGGCAACCUUUUGAAUCAGCACUUCUCUGAUAAGCUUAAGUUGGGGCUUUGUCCUGCAAUGACUGAGAGCAAUCUCGUCACUCUCAGUACUCAAAGCUCGCAUGAAGAUAAUGGGAGCCCUCAUGGCAAGCAACCAGAUUGUGAUAGAAUCGGCAUGGAAUGCCUUCCUCUGGUGCCACAAAUUAUGGAACUCUCUGAUACCGGGACAUCCAUCUGCCCCUCGAAGAGUGCUUGCUUCACACCAGCCGUGAUUGAUGGAGGGCUCUUACCAUGCCAUCUUAGUCUCACUCUUGCGUCGUGCUCAAUGGAUGUUGAGAGAAGCCCAAUCUCUAAUGCAAAUGGGAGCUCUAUAGACCACGAUCGGGGGAGAGAGAACCCACCGAAGGCAUCCGCAGCAACAAUGGAAAAGGAUGACAGAUUCGGCAGACACCACGAUGAUAGCCAUAAAUGGGCAUCAGAUGGUGGUGGCACUGCAGCGGGUGCAACGACGCCACAAGGGGAUGCCCAAGCCACCACUGAGGUUCCUGCAGCUCCGCCUGCUGUAGUGAACGACAAGUUCUGGGAGCAGUUCCUGACUGAGAGGCCGGGCUGUUCCGAAACCGAAGAAGCAAGCUCCACCAUGAGGAGGGAUCCUUCCAGGGAGCAGAUGGAAGACAACAACAGGCAGGCAUACCAGGACACAAGGAAUGAUAGAACAGAUAUGCAACAGUUGAAACUCUGACGUUAGCAAAUAGCAUUGCCGUUUCUCAAAGCGCUACAGAAAGACGCCAAGUGUAAGAUGCUAGAAUCAGCAACCUGCGGUUACGCUUAAGCAUAAGCAUGACGUGAAUGAAUGGUGUAUGAUUGUGAACAACAAACAUCACAGGGGUGUACAUAUUUGCUAAGAUCAGUACUGGUUAGAUCACGAACAUGGUUUGUGCAUUAUGUUCAGAUUUGUUAUUAUAUUAUGCUUGAUAUGGUUUCUUGA